CCGCCGGUGCUCGUCGGGCGCCAUGUUUGCGGUCAAGCGGAACGCCGUCAUCGGCUUCAACCUCUACUGCGGCGGUGGAGGCCCGGGCCUGGUGCCCGCUUCGCCAGCAGGAGAUCAAACCCCACCGCCCCCCGCCGCCGCUCCGGCCGCCACCGCCGCUGAGGUACCGCGGCCUCUGAUUGGUUCCGCGGGGCUGUGGGCCGCCGGCGGCCGCGCCGAAGCCCCCCGCGCUCCGAUUGGCUCCGAGGCAGCCCCUCGCGUUCCGCUUGGUUCCGCCGCUGCCCGCCGUCUGCCGUCGGACUCCGCGCCGCGGCCCGUCGCGCUGUGGAGCCCCGAGGAGGAGUUGGACGGCUGCGAGCCCGAGUCCGAACGCGGCCCAGGUGGCGAUUCGUUACCCAGCACGCCGCCCGAGCUGCCCGACGAGCUGCGGCGGGACUCCUUGGAGCUCAUCCUCCGGUACCUCCGGGAGGCGGCCGGAGAGGCCGAGCCCGGCGUUAAGAAGCUUUUUCCGGGGCUCUUGGGAGGGCCGGGGCGGCCCGGCAGGACGGGCGGAGCCGUCAUGGAGAAAGCGCUGGAAACGCUGCGGAGGGUCGGGGACGGAGUGAUGCAGAAACACGAAUUGGCCUUCCAGGGAAUGCUUCGGAAGCUGGAAAUCAAAAAAGAAGAAGACCUGCAGGCGGUGUGCGAGGUGGCUGCUCACGUUUUCAGUGAUGGAGUAACAAACUGGGGCCGAGUCGUCACGCUCAUCUCAUUUGGUGCCUUUGUUGCAAAACACCUGAAAAGCAUCAACCAGGAGAAGUGCAUCAGCUCGCUGGCGGGGAUCAUCACAGACGCUUUGGUCUCAUCCAAACGCGAGUGGCUGAUGAGCCAGGGAGGCUGGGAGGGCUUUGUCGACUUCUUCCGAGUGGAGGACCUGGAAAGCAGCAUCAGGAACGUGCUGAUGGCCUUUGCAGGAGUGGCCGGCCUGGGGGCGAGCUUGGCCUACAUGAUCCGGUGAGCUGCAGUGCCGCAGAGGGGCAGAGCUCAGGGCAGACCGGCUCCGCUGGGAGCUGGCGAGCCGAUCACCUCCUCCUGGGCAUAUUUAUGCAGCUGGACUCGUGUUGACCCCAGGAGAAUAUCUAGGCAUCCCCUGAGCAAUUCUUUCCAAAGAAAGAAGGUAUGUUCCACUCGGAUCGUGGGUACCAAUGAGGAUUUAUUGCUUUGGGAACAGAAAGUGGAGGAGUUGACUGAUACUCUGCUUCGUUCAAGAGCAUGAGGAGAGAAGGGCAAAGCGGACAGCUUCAGUUUUAUCCCGGAGGAAACAGAUCUGUUUCGUGAGCCAGUGAGCAGCAGCAGCAGCUCCUGCCUGGACUGAUCCUCGUGGCUUUGGUGCGGCGGCUGUUGCGGAGCCGAUGCUUCCGAGUCGUGGUUGUGGGUUUUUGGAAAUGGCAUCUUCAGCUGCCUGAACUCACAGCUCUGCUGUCGCGGCUUUAGGCAGCGGUGCUGUGCAAGGCUGAGGCGUGCAGCCCGUGCUGGAACUCGGGGUGAUUUCUGUCCCCUGCCUUCCAGCAGGGUUUGCUCAGGCCGCGGGCGGCCCUGUGAGCAGUCCUGCAGUUUGAGCUGGCGCUGUGGGAACCGCAGCCGGCUGCAGCCCGGCAGAGCCGGCCCGUCUGAUCUGACUGCUCUCACCGCCCUGCCACACCAGCAGUUUAAAAAUAGGGAGUGCAUUUCUAAGUAGGUAAAACCCCACGCAGGGCGGGGAGGCUGCGGAGAGCCUGCAGAUGUCUGUCCAGCUGCAGAAUGUGUGCAUCUAUACUGAGCUAACAGCACAGAAGUGAAGGCUGAAUGUGGUGGAGCUGCUGAUGGAUGUGCUGUGCUUCAUCCCUUGCGUGGAGUUUCUGUGGCAAAGCCUUCUGUGGUGGCUUUCAGCAAACCUUUCUCUGUGCUCGAGCAGAAGUGCCAGGGGUUGUAGUGGGGAUCGGUGGCUGCUGCACUCGCUGCCUCCUGGCAGCAGCUGAGACUGCUGUUUAUUUUAAUCUUUUUGGUUUUUCCGAGCUCUUCUGGCAGUUGGGAGGUUGUGGAAGUUGGUGUUGGUUACUUCCUUCUCUCCCCUUUAAUUUUGACUCCAUAAGCAGUGAGCACAGCAAAGCUGAUGUUUGAAUGUAAGCGUUCUGCAGCUGUGUAGAACUCGGUGCCUCGGCUCUGCAGCUCGUGCCAACCCCAAGCACAGCACCCGGCCCUGGGCUCCUCAUGGGCUUUGGGCUGUGCUGUGGUUGGGGCUGAGAACCCCUGCAGAACGGGGCUGAGGUGGUGAGGAACCUGCCCGACUGCAGCCCAAGCAAUGCCCAGUGGGGAGAAAACUAAAGGCAGGGCUGUCGUCUGGCCGGCCUGGGUGCUGGAGGAGCACUUAGUUUUGUCAAUAAAUGUCUCUUGUUCUCAA